GUUUUCAACCAGACCAGAGAUCCAGCCGUAAAAGACAAGAGGCGGUCACCCCCCUCUUCCAGAUCCCCCUCCGCCCCGCAGCGCAACCCUCACCACAGCGGCUCCACAGAGGAACAGGAGAGCCCCGAGAGAGUGGUGCAGAAGGAGAAGCUCCAUGCAGAGCUGAAGCAGGUGCUGAGCCAGAAGAGAAGCCACCUGAGAGAGUCGACCUGCCAGCUGGCCCAACCAGAGAUGGACUCCGAGCCAGCAGAUGAACAGACGAGUGUGGAGGAAGCCUCUAAAUCUGUGGAAAUUGUGGUGGAGACAGAGGCAGAGGCCGGAGCCAGCGGCUACAGUGUGACUGGUGGAGGAGAGCGAGGGAUCUUUGUUAAAGACGUCCUCAAAGACUCUCCAGCUGCUAAACACCUCAGUCUACAGCAAGGUGACCAGCUGCUAAGUGCCAAAGUCUACUUUGACAACGUGAAGUAUGAAGACGCUCUGAAAAUCCUUCAGUGUGCAGAGCCAUAUAAGGUCAGCUUCCUGCUGAAGCGGACCGUCCCCGGAGCGGACAUCAGCGUGUGCCCAAGUGUGGAGGUCAAAUGUCCCAAAGCCAAGAUGGCCAAAAUGAGUGUGAAGGGGACCAAACCGUUCAAGACCCAGAAGAAGAGAGGUGGACGUUUUGGUCUGAAGAGGCUGAAAGAGAAGCAGCGAGAGGAGCUGGUGGUAGAGGGAACACCUCCCAGGCUGGAGUUUUUUCUCCCCAAAUUCAAACAAAGGAAAAGCCUGAAAGUUGAAGCAGAGGGAGCCAGAAGAGCAGCAGCUGUAGGGAAGGCAAAGAGGAGGCUCGGAUUCCCACAUAUGAAAACAAAAGGUUACGCUGGAGCGGAGACGGGAGAAACGGUGGAAACAGGACAGCUUGAGGGACAGGUGAAUGUCUCUCCAUCUGAAAUACCUGGAGCUAAAGUGAAAACCAAAGGAAAAGGACACAAGUUUGGCAUCGCCUUUCCUAAAAGCAAGCACACAACAUCAGGCUCUACUUUGGAAACUGGAUCCGUGGAGCUGAAGCCUCCUGCUGUAAACAUCCAGCCGCCAUCUGUGGAGUUCAGUUUGUCUGCUGGUAAAGAUGCGGAUGUGGAGAAGGGAGCAUCUAAGGUUAGCAUACCUGAUGUGGAGUUUGCACUCCCUUCAGGAAAAGCAGAGGCAUCAUUGCCCACAGUAAAGAGAAUGACAGAAAUCAAAGCUUCUGAAAUGGACAUGAAAGGAGGAGCUGAGGGAAAAGUUCAUGUAUUUGCAGACAAAGGAGAUGCAAAGCUCAGAAUGCCAAAGUUGAAACUACCCAAAGUAAGACUCUCACGUCAUUCGGAUGAAAUUGAUGGUGACAUCAAGGUAAAAGCUGGAGGCAUCAAAAUGCCUCACGCUGGCAUAAAACUUCCAGAGGUAGAAAUCAAAGGAGAUGGGAAAAUCGGUCUCCCCACUGUUGAUAUUUCCUUACCAAAAGUGAAGGGAAAGACCGACACAGACAUCUUAGUCAAAGAGUAUGAAGGAGCUGGGAAAACUGCUAUCAACAUGCCUGCCGCUGACAUCUCUGUGGCUGAUGUUGAUUUGGAAUUAGACAGCGGACAGAGAAUUCCUGAUGAGGUGGAGGGCACUUUCAAAGGGCCCAAAAUCUCCAUGCCAAAGGUUGAUAUCUCACUACCAAGGAUGGGAUCAGCUGACGGGGAUACCGAGUGCCCAGAAGCUGGAGGGAAAUUCACUCUACCUUCUGUUGAACUCUCUCUCCCACAGGUCAAAUCAGACAGUGGAGAUUUGGACAUGGACUAUUAUGUUGGUGGUGAUGGAAAAUUCCAAAUGCCGGAUUUUGACAUUUCUCCACUAGGAGAAGUAAAGGGACAAAAUGUGGAAGGGGAGUUCAAGUUACCCAAAGUGGAUCUGAUCCUUCCCAAAGGCAAAGCAGAAACGACUGAUAUUGAAGGGAAAUUUCAGUUACCAUCACUUGACAUUUCUGAAAUCCACAUACCCUCUGUUGAUAUUUCUCUUGAAAAAGGAAAGACCAAGGGGGGGAUCAAAAUGGAGGGUCCCUCUGCUAAAGGACAGUUCAAAAUGCCUUCAUUUGAUGUCAGACUCCCUAAUAUAGGAACAUCUCAAACUGAGGUUGAUUUACAAGGACCUGAUAUUAAAGGGGGGAAAAUUGAGAUGCCAUCAGUAGAUGUUUCUCUGCCAAAAGGCAGUGGAGGGGCUGACACUGAUGGAAAAGGAGGCAAUUUUAAAAUGCCAUCAUGUAAUAUAUCCCUACAAAAAAUCAAGCUACCUGAAGCAGAUGUUAAGCUUGAAGGCCCAGAGCUUCCAAAUGCUGACUUUUCACUAUCCAAGCCAAACAUUGAGGGCAGUGUGGAGCUGGGUGGCAGUGGGGAUGGCAAGUUCCAGCUCCCAACUGUUGACAUUUCACUCCCAAAGGUGACCACCACAGAGGGAGAAGUUGAUAGUGAACCUAAAGCUAAAGGAGGAGCAAAGUUCAGCAUCCCAUCACUUGAAGUCUCACGUCCUACAACAAAAAUACCAGAAGGAAAGGUAAAGAUGGAGGGUCCUGAAGUCAAGGGAGGAAAAUUUCAGAUGCCUUCUUUGGAUAUGACUUCAUUUGAUGUAUCCCUACCAAAGAUGAAGAUGCCUGAGGGAAAUAUUGUCCUGCAAGGACCUUCUCUUGACAUCUCCCCUCCAAAGGGAAAAGCAGAGGGUGACAUACAAGCUAAAAGUAAAGGAGGACCUUUUCAAAUGCCUUCAGUUGAUGUUUCUCUACCUAAAAUUAAAUCAAAACAAAGUGGUAUCAAUGUCAAGAGACCAGAAAUUAAAGGUGGGGAAAUCAAAAUGCCAACUAUUGAUAUCUCACCUCCUCAAGGGACAUUUGAAGGUGAUGAGGAAAGAGGCAAAUUCAACUUGCCAUCUGCCAACAUUGGUCUUCCUGCUAUUAAAGGGAAAAUAGAAAUGCCGGCUGUUGAUAUUUCACUUCCAAAAGGAAGCAUAGAGGGGCAUACUGACACUGACAUUGACAUAAGUGCUGAAGGUCCUGAAGGUAAAGGGGGAAAGAUAACAAUGCCAAAAUUUGACAUUUCACUACCAAAGGUAAAUUUUCCUGAGGGUGAUGUUAAAUUAAAAGGACCUGAAAAAAAAGGAAGAAACAUUGAGAUGCCAGAUAUUGAUAUUUCACUCCCCAAAGGAAAAAUAGGAGGAGAAAUUGAGGGGCAUACUGGCAGAGGCAGCAAGUUCCACAUGCCUUCUAUCGACAUUGCUCUACCAAAGAUGAAAGCCAAAGAGCCUGAGAUAAAUAUUGAAGGCCCUCGGGUCAAAGGUGGAAAACUGAACACACCAUCCAUCGAUCUUUCAUUGCCCAAAAUGAAAUCUCCAGAUGUAGAUGUCACUCUUGAGGGUCCUGAUGUCAAAGGAGGAAAGAUCAAAAUCCCAGAUGUUGAUGUUUCACUCCCCAAAGGAAAAGUUGAGGGUGACAUAAGUCUUGAAGGCCCUGACAUAAAAGGGGGUAAAUUUAAAAUGCCAAAAUUUGAUGUUUCUUUACCUAAAGUGAGUUUACCAAAGGUCGAUGCCAAUGUUGAAGGACCAGAUGUGAAAGGAAAACUUCAAAUGCCCACUGCUGAUAUUUCACUCCCCAAAGGAAAAGUUGAGGGCAACCUUGAUGUUGAAGGUCCUGAGGUGAGGGGUGACAAGUUUAAAAUGCCAAAAUUUGAUAUUUUGUUACCAAAAGUCAGUCUGCCAGAAGGUGAUGUCAAACUCAAAGGUCCUGACAUUAAAUGUGGGAAGAUUGAGAUGCCCGACAUCGACAUUUCACUCCCUAAAGGAAAAGCAGGAGGAAACAUUGAAAUUGAAGGAGAUACUGGAAAAGGAGGCAAGUUCCAUAUGCCAUCAUUUGAUUUCUCUCUGCCCAAAAUGAAAUCUCCAGAUGUAGAUGUCACUCUUGAGGGUCCUGAUGUCAAAGGAGGAAAGAUCAAAAUCCCAGAUGUUGAUGUUUCACUCCCCAAAGGAAAAAUUGAGGGUGACAUAAGUCUUGAAGGCCCUGACAUAAAAGGGGGUAAAUUUAAAAUGCCAAAAUUUGAUGUUUCUUUACCUAAAGUGAGUUUACCAAAGGUCGAUGCCAAUGUUGAAGGACCAGAUGUGAAAGGAAAACUUCAAAUGCCCACUGCUGAUAUUUCACUCCCCAAAGGAAAAGUUGAGGGCAACCUUGAUGUUGAAGGUCCUGAGGUGAGGGGUGACAAGUUUAAAAUGCCAAAAUUUGAUAUUUUGUUACCAAAAGUCAGUCUGCCAGAAGGUGAUGUCAAACUCAAAGGUCCUGACAUUAAAUGUGGGAAGAUUGAGAUGCCCGACAUCGACAUUUCACUCCCUAAAGGAAAAGCAGGAGGAAACAUUGAAAUUGAAGGAGAUACUGGAAAAAGAGGCAAGUUCCAUAUGCCAUCUAUUGAUGUCUCUCUUCCUAAAAUGAAAGCCAAAGGGCCUGAGAUUAAUGUUGAAGGUCCUGAGGUCAAAGGUGGAAAGAUCAAAGUCCCAGAAGUUGAUGUUUCUCUGCCCAAAAUGAAAUCUCCAGAUGUAGAUGUCACUCUUGAGGGUCCUGAGGUCAAAGGAGGAAAGAUCAAAAUGCCAACUGUUGAUGUUUCACUCCCCAAAGGAAAAGUUGAGGGUGACAUAAGUCUUGAAGGCCCUGACAUGAAAGGGGGUAAAUUUAAAAUGCCAAAAUUUGAUGUUUCUUUACCUAAAGUGAGUUUACCAAAGGUUGAUGUCAAUGUUGAAGAACCAGAUGUCAAAGGAAAACUCAAAAUGCCGACUGCUGAUAUUUCACUUCCAAAGGGAAAGGCAGAUGUGGACAUUGACAUUGAAGGUAAAACUGGUAAAGGAGGCAAGUUUCACAUGCCCUCAGUUGAUAUCUCACUUCCUAAGAUCAAAUCAAAGGGAGUUGAUGUUGAUAUUCAAGGACCUGAAGUCAAAGGUGACAUAUCACUCCCUGAAAUUAAAUCUCCAGAUGUAGAUGUCACGCUUGAGGGUCCUGAUGUCAAAGGAGGAAAGAUCAAAAUCCCAGAUGUUGAUGUUUCACUCCCCAAAGGAAAAGUUGAGGGUGACAUAAGUCUUGAAGGUCCUGAUAUGAAAGGGGGUAAAUUUAAAAUGCCAAAAUUUGAUGUUUCUUUACCUAAAGUGAGUUUACCAAAGGUCGAUGCCAAUGUUGAAGGACCAGAUGUGAAAGGAAAACUUCAAAUGCCCACUGCUGAUAUUUCACUCCCCAAAGGAAAAGUUGAGGGCAACCUUGAUGUUGAAGGUCCUGAGGUGAGGGGUGACAAGUUUAAAAUGCCAAAAUUCGAUAUUUCGUUACCAAAAGUCAGUCUGCCAGAAGGUGAUGUCAAACUCAAAGGUCCUGACAUUAAAUGUGGGAAGAUUGAGAUGCCCGACAUCGACAUUUCACUCCCUAAAGGAAAAGCAGGAGGAAACAUUGAAAUUGAAGGAGAUACUGGAAAAAGAGGCAAGUUCCAUAUGCCUUCUAUUGAUGUCUCUCUUCCUAAAAUGAAAGCCAAAGGGCCUGAGAUUAAUGUUGAAGGUCCUGAGGUCAAAGGAGGAAAGAUCAAAAUCCCAGAUGUUGAUGUUUCACUCCCCAAAGGAAAAGUUGAGGGUGACAUAAGUCUUGAAGGCCCUGAUAUGAAAGGGGGUAAAUUUAAAAUGCCAAAAUUUGAUGUUUCUUUACCUAAAGUGAGUUUACCAAAGGUCGAUGUCAAUGUUGAAGGACCAGAUGUGAAAGGAAAACUCAAAAUGCCGACUGCUGAUAUUUCACUUCCAAAGGGAAAGGCAGAUGUGGACAUUGACAUUGAAGGUAAAACUGGUAAAGGAGGCAAGUUUCACAUGCCCUCAGUUGAUAUCUCACUUCCUAAGAUCAAAUCAAAGGGAGUUGAUGUUGAUAUUCAAGGACCUGAAGUCAAAGGUGACAUAUCACUCCCUGAAAUUAAGCCUCCAGAAGUAGAUAUCAGCCUCCAUGGCCCUGAUGUUAAAGGGGGGAAGUUCAAAAUCCCAGAUGUUGAUGUUUCACUCCCCAAAGGAAAAGUUGAGGGUGACAUAAGUCUUGAAGGUCCUGACAUGAAAGGGGGUAAAUUUAAAAUGCCAAAAUUUGAUGUUUCUUUACCUAAAGUGAGUUUACCAAAGGUCGAUGCCAAUGUUGAAGGACCAGAUGUGAAAGGAAAACUUCAAAUGCCCACUGCUGAUAUUUCACUCCCCAAAGGAAAAGUUGAGGGCAACCUUGAUGUUGAAGGUCCUGAGGUGAGGGGUGACAAGUUUAAAAUGCCAAAAUUCGAUAUUUCGUUACCAAAAGUCAGUCUGCCAGAAGGUGAUGUCAAACUCAAAGGUCCUGACAUUAAAUGUGGGAAGAUUGAGAUGCCCGACAUCGACAUUUCACUCCCUGAAGGAAAAGCAGGAGGAAACAUUGAAAUUGAAGGAGAUACUGGAAAAAGAGGCAAGUUCCAUAUGCCAUCUAUUGAUGUCUCUCUUCCUAAAAUGAAAGCCAAAGGGCCUGAGACUAAUGUUGAAGGUCCUGAGGUCAAAGGAGGAAAGAUCAAAAUGCCAACUGUUGAUGUUUCACUCCCCAAAGGAAAAGUUGAGGGCAACCUUGAUGUUGAAGGUCCUGAGGUGAGGGGUGACAAGUUUAAAAUGCCACACUUUGAUAUUUCGUUACCAAAAGUCAGUCUGCCAGAAGGUGAUUUUAAACUCAAAGGUCCUGACAUUAAAUGUGGGAAGAUUGAGAUGCCCAACAUCGACAUUUCACUCCCUAAAGGAAAAGCAGGAGGAAACAUUGAAAUUGAAGGAGAUACUGGAAAAGGAGGCAAGUUCCAUAUGCCAUCUAUUGAUGUCUCUCUUCCUAAAAUGAAAGCCAAAGGGCCUGAGAUUAAUGUUGAAGGUCCUGAGGUCAAAGGUGGAAAGAUCAAAAUCCCAGAUGUUGAUGUUUCACUCCCCAAAGGAAAAGUUGAGGGUGACAUAAGUCUUGACAUGAAAGGGAGUAAAUUUAAAAUGCCAAAAUUUGAUGUUUCUUUACCUAAAGUGAGUUUACCAAAGGUCGAUGUCAAUGUUGAAGGACCAGAUGUGAAAGGAAAACUCAAAAUGCCGACUGCUGAUAUUUCACUUCCAAAGGGAAAGGCAGAUGUGGACAUUGACAUUGAAGGUAAAACUGGUAAAGGAGGCAAGUUUCACAUGCCCUCAGUUGAUAUCUCACUUCCUAAGAUCAAAUCAAAGGGAGUUGAUGUUGAUAUUCAAGGACCUAAAGUCAAAGGGGGGAAGUUCAACUUGCCAACUGUUGACAUGCCAUCAUUUGAUUUCUCUCUGCCCAAAAUGAAAUCUCCAGAUGUAGAUGUCACUCUUGAGGGUCCUGAUGUCAAAGGAGGAAAGAUCAAAAUCCCAGAUGUUGAUGUUUCACUCCCCAAAGGAAAAAUUGAGGGUGACAUAAGUCUUGAAGGCCCUGAUAUAAAAGGGGGUAAAUUUAAAAUGCCAAAAUUUGAUGUUUCUUUACCUAAAGUGAGUUUACCAAAGGUCGAUGCCAAUGUUGAAGGACCAGAUGUGAAAGGAAAACUUCAAAUGCCCACUGCUGAUAUUUCACUCCCCAAAGGAAAAGUUGAGGGUGACAUAAGUCUUGAAGGUCCUGACAUGAAAGGGGGUAAAUUUAAAAUGCCAAAAUUUGAUGUUUCUUUACCUAAAGUGAGUUUACCAAAGGUCGAUGCCAAUGUUGAAGGACCAGAUGUGAAAGGAAAACUUCAAAUGCCCACUGCUGAUAUUUCACUCCCCAAAGGAAAAGUUGAGGGCAACCUUGAUGUUGAAGAUACUGGAAAAGGAGGCAAGUUCCAUAUGCCAUCUAUUGAUGUCUCUCUUCCUAAAAUGAAAGCCAAAGGGCCUGAGAUUAAUGUUGAAGUUCCUGAGGUCAAAGGAGGAAAGAUCAAAAUCCCAGAUGUUGAUGUUUCACUCCCCAAAGGAAAAGUUGAGGGUGACAUAAGUCUUGAAGGUCCUGACAUGAAAGGGGGUAAAUUUAAAAUGCCAAAAUUCGAUAUUUCGUUACCUAAAGUGAGUUUACCAAAGGUCGAUGUCAAUGUUGAAGGACCAGAUGUGAAAGGAAAACUCAAAAUGCCGACUGCUGAUAUUUCACUUCCAAAGGGAAAGGCAGAUGUGGACAUUGACAUUGAAGGUAAAACUGGUAAAGGAGGCAAGUUUCACAUGCCCUCAGUUGAUAUCUCACUUCCUAAGAUCAAAUCAAAGGGAGUUGAUGUUGAUAUUCAAGGACCUGAAGUCAAAGGUGACAUGACACUCCCUGAAAUUAAGCCUCCAGAAGUAGAUAUCAGCCUCCAUGGCCCUGAUGUUAAAGGGGGGAAGUUCAACUUGCCAACUGUUGACUUGCCAUCAUUUGAUUUCUCUCUGCCCAAAAUGAAAUCUCCAGAUGUAGAUGUCACGCUUGAGGGUCCUGAUGUCAAAGGAGGAAAGAUCAAAAUCCCAGAUGUUGAUGUUUCACUCCCCAAAGGAAAAGUUGAGGGUGACAUAAGUCUUGAAUGUCCUGACAUGAAAGGGGGUAAAUUUAAAAUGCCAAAAUUUGAUGUUUCUUUACCUAAAGUGAGUUUACCAAAGGUCGAUGCCAAUGUUGAAGGACCAGAUGUGAAAGGAAAACUUCAAAUGCCCACUGCUGAUAUUUCACUCCCCAAAGGAAAAGUUGAGGGCAACCUUGAUUUUGAAGGUCCUGAGGUGAGGGGUGACAAGUUUAAAAUGCCAAAAUUCGAUAUUUCGUUACCAAAAGUCAGUCUGCCAGAAGGUGAUGUCAAAGUCAAAGGUCCUGACAUUAAAUGUGGGAAGAUUGAGAUGCCCGACAUCAACAUUUCACUCCCUAAAGGUAAAGCAGGAGGAAACAUUGAAAUUGAAGGAGAUACUGGAAAAGGAGGCAAGUUCCAUAUGCCAUCUAUUGAUGUCUCUCUUCCUAAAAUGAAAGCCAAACGGCCUGAGAUUAAUGUUGAAGGUCCCGAGGUCAAAGGUGGAAAACUAAACAUGCCAUCCUUUGAUGUUUCUCUGCCCAAAAUGAAAUCUCCAGAUGUAGAUGUCACUCUUGAGGGUCCUGAGGUCAAAGGAGGAAAGAUCAAAAUCCCAGAUGUUGAUGUUUCACUCCCCAAAGGAAAAGUUGAGGGUGACAUAAGUCUUGAAGGCCCUGACAUAAAAGGGGGUAAAUUUAAAAUGCCAAAAUUUGAUGUUUCUUUACCUAAAGUGAGUUUACCAAAGGUUGAUGUCAAUGUUGAAGGACCAGAUGUCAAAGGAAAACUCAAAAUGCCGACUGCUGAUAUUUCGCUUCCAAAGGGAAAGGCAGAUGUGGACAUUGACAUUGAAGGUAAAACUGGUAAAGGAGGCAAGUUUCACAUGCCCUCAGUUGAUAUCUCACUUCCUAAGAUCAAAUCAAAGGGAGUUGAUGUUGAUAUUCAAGGACCUGAAGUCAAAGGUGACAUAUCACUCCCUGAAAUUAAGCCUCCAGAAGUAGAUAUCAGCCUCCAUGGCCCUGAUGUUAAAGGGGGGAAGUUCAACUUGCCAACUGUUGACAUGCCAUCAUUUGAUUUCUCUCUGCCCAAAAUGAAAUCUCCAGAUGUAGAUGUCACGCUUGAGGGUCCUGAUGUCAAAGGAGGAAAGAUCAAAAUCCCAGAUGUUGAUGUUUCACUCCCCAAAGGAAAAGUUGAGGGUGACAUAAGUCUUGAAGGUCCUGAUAUGAAAGGGGGUAAAUUUAAAAUGCCAAAAUUUGAUGUUUCUUUACCUAAAGUGAGUUUACCAAAGGUCGAUGCCAAUGUUGAAGGACCAGAUGUGAAAGGAAAAUUUGAAAUGCCCACUGCUGAUAUUUCACUCCCCAAAGGAAACGUUGAGGGCAACCUUGAUUUUGAAGGUCCUGAGGUGAGGGGUGACAAGUUUAAAAUGCCAAAAUUCGAUAUUUCGUUACCAAAAGUCAGUCUGCCAGAAGGUGAUGUCAAACUCAAAGGUCCUGACAUUAAAUGUGGGAAGAUUGAGAUGCCUGACAUCGACAUUUCACUCCCUAAAGGAAAAGCAGGAGGAAACACUGAAAUUGAAGGAGAUACUGGAAAAAGAGGAAAGUUCCAUAUGCCAUCUAUUGACAUAAAUCUGCCCAAAUUUGAUCUGGACCUCAGCCUCCCCUCUGGUAUAAAACCUAAAGGGCUCAAAGUGGAUGCUAGAAGUCCUGAUGCAUCUGGAAAUUUGGAGUUCUCUGAUCUUAAAGGAGACCAUAAUCCUACUAAGUUGGAAGUUAAGAGUGCAGAAAUAGAGACAGGUGGUUUAGAAGGUCCAGCUGCAUCCCUAAAACUUCCCACAGUCAAACUACCAACAGUAGACAUCUCAGCUCCAAAGGUCGAUCUCAAUUUUGGUCUUACAAAACCUAAAGGUGAUGAUGUGGAGGUGGAACUUCUGAAAGCAGAAGGAGGAAGACCUUCAUCUGGGGGCAGCUUUGAUCUACCUGAUGUCUUCCUUAAAGUUCCUAGUUUCUCUCUUCCCAGGUUUGGUGGAAAGACAAAGAGCUGUGACUUGGAGAUAUCGGGACCCAAGGGAGAUACUUCACUCAGUCCACCACAUGUAGAAGGAGAGAUUAGGGCACCAUCAGUAGAGUUUGAUGGAGGUGGAAAAGUCAAGGUGAAAAAACCUAAAAUCAAACUGCCCUCAUUUGGCAUAUCCAAGAAGGAUGCAGAUGUAUCAGUCUCUUGUCCUGACGUUGAUCUUAAAGAGAAAAAGGGGAAAAUUGACAUUUCGAAACCAGAAAUCAAUGUUGAGAGCUCGGGUGACAGGUCAAAAUACAAAAUGAAAUUCCCCAAGUUUAAAAUAUCAUCACCAAAAGGUGAACUCCCAGAGGAAGAAAUUGGCGCAAAAUUGGAAACAGAUGUGGAGGGAGAAGGUGGCUUCCAUGCACCUGACAUAUCUUUAAAACUGCCAAAGUUUUCUAUGCCAGGUUUUGGCUCUAAAGAGAAGGAUUUAGGUAGGCCAAGUGGUGACCUUGAAGCUAAGACCAAGGUCAAGAUGCCUUCUGUCGAGCUGGCACUACCAGCAGCUAAAACACCAGAGACUGAGGUUCUUCUCCCAAAAGCAGAAGUCGAUGUUUCCGAGGCUGAUAUUAGAGGUUACGAGGGAAACCUUAAAAUUCCCAAAAUGCCAACGAUUGAUGUGUCCAUCCCCAAAAUAGACCUUGAUAUGUCCUUGCCCAGAGGAAAGUCUCCAAAGACUGAAGGACCAGAUGUGGAGAAAAAAGGGCUUGAAGGAAAAUUUAAAAUGCCUCAAAUAACAAUGCCAUCACUUGAAGUGUCUCUUCCCAAAGGGAAAUCAGGAGAUCUCCAUGCACCCGAUGUUGAAAUAGAUGCUGAUGUAGGCAAAUUUAAAACGCCUCAUGUCAAAAUGCCCACUGAUGAUAUAACACUACCAAAAGCAAAAACUGAAAAAAGUGACGCUCCAGAUGUUGAUAUUGAAAGAGAGGGGCAAAAAUUCAAGAUGCCUGGUAUCAAAAUGCCACACUUUGAUAUAUCAAAAGGAAAGACCGGGAAAUUAGAGGGGCCAGACGUUGAACUCGAAGGAAAACUGAAGAUGCCUCAUGUCAAAAUGCCACAUGUUGACAUCAGCCUGCCAAAAAUUAAAGCUGCAGAGAUUGAUACUCCAACUUUGGAAGCCAAGGUUGAGGAUGGGGGAGGAAAAUUCAAAAUGCCCCAUUUUAAUAUGCCUUCAGUUGAUAUUUCACUUCCAAAAGCAAAGAUUGAUGUACCAGAGGUUGAAAUGGAGGGAAGUACACAGGGAAAGUUUAAAAUGCCUCACAUGAAAAUGCCCAAUAUUGACAUCUCUCUUCCUAAAGGAAAAUUCAAAGACACUGAAGCAGGAAUAGAAGUGGAUGGACAAGGAGAAGGAAAAGUCAAAACACCUUACAUGAAAAUGCCCGAUGUUGAUGUUUCUCUGUCUAAAGGUCGGAUUGAAGGUCCAGAGGUAGAGAUCAAAGGAGACGGUGGAAAAUUCAAGAUGCCACAUCUCAGCAUGCCCUCUGUUGAUAUUUCACUGCCUAAAGGGAAGAUUGAAGGUCCAGAUGUUGAAGUAGAAGGAAGUACCAAAGGAAAACUUAAGAUGCCUCAUUGGAAAAAGCCAGAUGUUGACAUCUCUGUGACCAAAGGACAGUUUGAGGGUCCAGAAGUGGAGCUGAAAGGUGAAGGUGGAAAAUUCAAGAUGCCACAUUUCAGCAUGCCCUCUGUUGAUAUUUCACUGCCCAAAGGGAAGACUGAAGGUCCAGAUGUUGAAAUGAAUAUUGAUGUGCCUCUUCCUAAAGGAAAAGUUGAAGGUCCAGGGGUUCCAGAGGUGGAGAUUAAAGGAGAAGGUGGAAAAUUCAAGACUCCCCACAUCAAUAUACCUUCAGUUGAUAUUUCACUACCUAAAGGAAAAACUGAAGGUCCAGAAAUGGAGAUGGAAGGAGGUGCAAGGAGGGAAAUCAGAAUGCCAGGUUGUGACAUCUCUUUACCCAAAGGAAAAUCUGGCAAAAUUGAAGGAGAGGUGGAAAUUGAGGGAGAGGACAGCAAAGUGCCACAUGUGACAUUGCCUUCAGUUGACAUUUCACUCCCAGCCGGAAGGACUGAAGGUGCCAAAGCUGAAAUUAAGGCUGAGGGAGGAAUAUUCAGGAUGCCAAAAGUUGACAUUUCUCUUCCUAAAGGAAAGGCUUCGGUGGAAGGUCCUGGGGCAGAUAUUAACGGAGAUGGAGGAAAGCUCAAGAUGCCAAAUGUGGGAAUAACACUUCCCAAAGGAAAAGCAAAUAUUUAUGCACCAGCAGAGAAAACAGAGACAGAGGGAGGAAUAAUCAAGCUGCCAGAUAUCAAGAUGCCAAAAGUUGAUAUUUCACUCCCUAAAGGUAAAAGUAAAGGUACUGAAGUGCCUGCUAUAGAGAUGGAAGUCACAGGUCCUGAUGUUAAACUUCCAAAGGGAGAAAUAUCAGUGCCAAAGCCUAAACCCGCUGAACUAGAGAUUACCUUACCAAGCAUUAAGACCGAUCUGGACACUGGAGCUCAAGGAAAAGCUGAUUUGCAUGCUGAGGGUGAGCACAAAGGCCUGAGAUUUAAAAUGCCAACAAUCGAUAUUACAGGUCCAAAAGGAGACCUAGAACUUGAUCUUGGACUUCGCAAAGGAGUGGGCAAGAAGGACCGGAAAAAAGCUGACCUACCUGACUUGGAUGUCAACACAGCAGAAACCAGCAGCAAAGUAAAGGGGCCCAAAGUCAAAGGAGCAAAAUUCAAGAUUGGAAUGCCAAAAAAGAAAACUGGUGCAGAAAGAUUUGAGUAUUUUGAAGUUGAAACCCAGAAUGGACAUAAAGAUGAUGAAGAUCGUAUUCACUGCUCAGGAGCAGAGGUUGCAUUACCAAGUGUUAGUCUGAAAACAGGAACGGGAGGAGAGGGUGGCCCUUCAUCUUCAAAUGCAGGAAUCAAAGUCCCCAAAAUACCAGACAUAGAGUUUGAUAUUGGCUCAUCUCAAGAUGGAGAUGACAGCAAAACAGAAAAAGGCAAGAAAAUCAAAAUCCCUAAGUUUGGUGUCCCGUUACCCUCCCUCUCCUCACCAGAGGAAAGCAUAAACAUCUAUGGGCCAGAAAUUCAGUAUGAGGGCCCUAAAAUGCCCAAAGUUAAAAAAGCAGUUUUUGUCUUGGUAAACCCUCCUUCAACAGAUGAGCCUGCUGCAAGCACAGGUACCCUGAAAGGGGAGGCAAUAGCUGAGGCUGAGACAGAGAAUGUCAAAGUGAAGAUGCCCAAAAUCAAAAAGAAGCCGAGCUUUGGAAAGUCCAAAGAAAAAUCUGCUGUGAGUGCAGAGAGAGGAGCGGAAGAAGAAGAGAAGUCAAAGGGAGGAAGAAUAAAGAUACCCAAAGUGUCAUUUUCUUCUGGCAAAUCUGCAUCAUCGGAUGUCCCCGCCAAGGGAGGAGGUUCAAGCUCAAGUCUCAAUGGUGAAAAAGAUGGAAGUCCUCACAAGGGCUCCAAGGCGGAGAAAGGGGUCUUCAGUGGUAAAAUCAGACUUCCAAAGGUGGAGUUCACCAGUCCGUAUGGCAAGGUGGGCGCAGGAGAGGCAGACAUGGAAACAAGUGUGGACCUGGGAAAGCAUUCAUCACCAGGAGAAAAACAAUCAGGCACGAUGUCUUUGGGGCAUUUCACUGAGGAGCCUUUGAAGGAUGUGGUGUCUUCUCAUGCCAGAACAGAAAUGCUGGACAGGGACAGCUCAGAGUCCCCCUCAGGCUUCGCCAUGGAGUUCACCUCAACAAAGGUUCAGACCUGGAGUGAGGUGGAGAGCAAAAGCAGGGAGUCUGAAGAGAGAGAGCCUUCCCACUGGUUCAAGGUCCCAAAGGUCACCCUGAAGCCACACACCACAGGCUUCCUCCAUAUAACUCCGGAGGGUUCUCCUCAGGCCCAGAGGAAAGGUGAGGUGGGAGGUGAGGCAGAAGUCUUGGGGUCUUUCUGCCUCCACACCUCAGGGCUCGACUUCACCACCCGGCAAAUGUCUGAAGAGCACCAAAUCUCUUCCUCCUCUGAGGAGGGAACUGUCACCGCGGUGACGAAGACUACCAGGGUCACCCAGCACCUGGUUGAAGCACGAACAGGUGAAUCUUCAGCAACAACGACAACAACAACAACAACAGCAGCUCACCAGGUGUCAGAGUACUGAAGAUGCUGAAAUGGCAUCUUAAAUGUUUUUCAUUUCUUUGUUAUUGUUGUUGUUUGUUGUUUAUUUUCGGCGAGGCUGCAGUGUUAUCAUGAGGUGAGCCCACAACAAGGCAAACCGCUAUUAACCCUUUCACUGCCACAGGGGUCAGGGUCACCGGUGACCCCUGUGGUAGUAAAAGGGCUAAAGGGCCAGUUCACCCCAAAAUCGCAGCUACGCGUGUGUGUUUUCUCCUGGCCUGCAGCCCCGUUCAGUCAGCAGGAUUAUUUUUGUUGCUGAGCGAUAUCGGCUGCAGAGAUCGGCGGCUCCUGGCAUCAUUUCUCCGGCUAAUAUCUCCAAAACUGAACGGCUGAAAUUCAAAUAAUUGAGAUGAAUGACGAGCACUACAGCCCAAAGCGUGUGUGCUGGAUUUGGGGUUAAUCUGUGCCUUUACAUAAAAUGCUUUAUUUUAUAUUUUUAUGAUGAGCUACGAAUGUGAUGAAAUACAAUUACAGCAUUAUUGCCAUUAUUAGCGCUAAAGAGUAAUAUAUAUAUAUACUUCCUUUUAUGAUUGUGAGUAUUUUUGUUACGGUCGUGUUAGUUUGGUUUUUAAAGCUUCACUCUGAAUGGAAACAUGUCCCAUUGCUUCAUUAUUUAUUUUUGUUUUUCUGUUUGAAUUGUGCUGGAAAGUCUUUUACCCACAUGGAUUACUUCAUUAGGAACCAUCACAGUGUAGGCCAGAGGACUAUUUAUGUACAUAAAACAGUAUAAUUGCUUUUUUUUGAAGCCGUUUUCUUCCAAUCCAUAAUGUAUUUUCAUAUUUACCAGAGUAUAAAUGAUAUUUUUUGACCUGUUUGUUUGUCUUUGAGGAACAGUGUGAACUUCCUGAGAUUAUAGGCUUUUUUUGCCAUAGUUUUCUAUAUUAGACUCUUUUUCUGCUGUGAGGAUCAAGUCUGUGACCUUCUGGUUGCAGGUUGCUCUCAAACAUUUAGCCCAACCUGCUGCUAAUACAUUUUAUGUUCAUGUUUUUACUGUACAAUGCCAAAAAAAAAAAAGGACACUGCUGUAUUUUUUGUGAAUGAGCCUAUAGCAUUAAGAUAGCUUUGUUGAGCUUCAAACAUCAACAGUGCGCUGGGAGGAAAUUUGAGGGAUUUAAAUUUUAGGGGUGAAACUGUAAAGUUUAUUGUGUUGCUCUAAGUUGCUAGAAGGCUGCUACAAUGAGACUAGUGAGGGAGUGGCGAGCCUCGAUCUGAUCCAGAGUAAUCAAAUAAAAUCUGUCCUCUAAAGACGCAGGAGCAGGCGGGCCAAAGUACCGGCCGGACGAACACGCUUACCCAACACGCUUCAAACAGUUUUUCUCUCACUGAAUGUAUAAAUUGCUUUGAAAUGGAUUCAUCUUCUUAAAAAUCUGUUUCCUUGUCUCUGCACUGAGAUAUUAAAGUUUAUAGCAUUUUAAAAAAUGAUUGUAAUGAUUCUGGCAUUGCAUAAAAACUUCCUCCUUUACAGUUUUGCAGGAUGCAACAAUCAGGGUUUCUCAAACCUGUCGCUGUGAAACAUUUAUGUUUAUUUUAUCUGCUUUCCUUUCCUUGGUUGAUAGACGGGAUGAAGCUGUGUGAUAAAUGCAUGAAGUCCUGAUAAAUCCGCCAUGAGGUUUGUUUGAUUAACAGCUUUCAGCACGGUGCCUUUGUUGCAGCAGAGAUCUUUAAGAAGCUGAGGGAGGAGCAGUGAAGGUAGCAAGAGGCAGCGUGUAUGUGUAUAGAGAUUUUUAACCUUCUGCUUUAAUAAGGUCUGAAUUUCUUUUUGAUUCUGAGGGUUUCAGUGCCGAUUGUUUUGUCAGAGCUGCAUCGAGAGAA